CCAGAACACAAAAUGAACCCAUCUACAAUGAAGCUGCAUUGCUUUGCUUUUGGCUUGUUGCUGCUGACUCUGCACCAUUGCAUCUCAAAACAAGUUGAUCCAGAAGAGAAGACGUUAAGGAACUGCUUAAAUGAUACAGACUAUCCGGAGCUUCUCGAGAUAGCAAAGACCGGGCUCAACAAAACCCACAGGAAAUACGAUGUUGUGAUUGUUGGAGCGGGUGUAGCUGGACUCACUGCUGCCAAACUGCUGCAAGAAGCUGGAUAUGAGGUUACUAUACUGGAGGCAACUGAGCGAGUUGGAGGACGGGUGUUAACCCAUAGGAAUGAUGAAGAGGGUUGGUAUGUAGACUACGGGGCCAUGAGGAUUCCAUCUUUUCAUCACAUUCUCCAUGAGUUUAUCAAAAAACUGAACAUCAAACUGAAUCCGUUCAAUAUGACUGAUGACAACACCUAUUACCUGAUCAAUGGAACAAAGUACCGGACAUCAGAAGUGAAAAACAACCCUAGCAUCCUGGAUUACAAACUGUCUCCUGAGGAGCGUGGUAAAUCCGCCAACGAGCUCCUGAAGAUGGCUUUACAGAAGGUGAAUGAUUCAGUUUCUCAACAUGGCUGUGAGGAACUGACGAAAUUUGACAAAUACACUGUCAAGCAAUAUCUACAUAGCACCAAUUUGAGCCAUGGCGCCAUUAGGAUGAUUGGAGACCUAUUGAAUGAGAACAGCAUCAUGGACAAGGGUCUAAUUGAGAUGAUUUACCUUGAGAAUGAUGUCUCUGACGAAGUGACGUACAGUGAGGUGACUGGCGGGACAGAUUAUAUCACCGGCAAUCUUAGCGCUACCCUGAAAGAAGACACAGUCAUCCCCAAUGCUAAAGUCAUCAAGAUCGAACAAAAUGCAAAAGAAAAUAAAGUCACAGUGUACUACCAGGAUAACCAAAACAAUAAUCUAAAGAAAACAGCUAAUGCUGUGUUGGUGACAACCACUGCCAAAGCGGCUCUCUUUAUGGAUUUUGAUCCACCACUGAGCCCCUCCAAAAUGGAAGCUCUGAGGUCAAUCCAUUAUGGGAGCUCCACUAAAGUGAUCCUCACCUUCAAAAAAAAGUUCUGGGAGGAAGAAGGCAUCUAUGGGGGAAAGAGCAUUACUGAUCGACCCUCUCGAUUCAUUUACUACCCGAGCCACAACUUCACAGGAAACGACAAUAUUGGUAUCCUGCUGGCUUCCUAUACCUGGGCCCAAGACUCCACCCUCCUUCUGGGAUUGAGUGACGAUAAUCUGAAAGAGAUGGCUCUGAAAGACCUGGAAUUGAUCCACGGUGACCAAGUCAGGUCUCUGUGCACCGGAGUUUAUGUGAAGAAGUGGAGUACGGAUCCUCAUAGCCAUGGUGCAUUCGCCCUCAUGACAACUAAUCAACGCACAGACUAUGCCACAGAGCUUACACAGAAUGAGGGCAAUAUUUACUUUGCUGGUGAACACACGGCCUAUCCUCAUGCUUGGAUCGAGACAUCUAUGAAAUCUGCAAUCAGAGCAGUUAAAAACAUAGAAAGCCAUGCUUUUUUUACACCACUGAUUCCUGGCAGCGCCAGAGAGGAGCUGUAGGAUCCUGAAUCCUCUCUCUCUCAAUGAUUUUAGUUGGAAGCAAAACUACUGUCGGCCUAAACAGUUUAAACACUUUGCUUAAACUUGACACCCUAUUGUUUUUUGUUACUUAUCUAUUCUCCUAGAAUAUGGCGAUUGUCACCAGCAAAAUAUUAAAGAACAACAUAAGAAUAGCAAAUAAAAAGUGAGGGGAAAAGCACUCAAAAAUGCUUAAAGAAAGGAGCCAAUAAAGAAAAUAGGUAUUAGGACUGUUUGGGAAAUUUAUGCUUUCCAAGUUGUAUAGCAUAUUUUAAAAAAUAUGACCUUGCAACAGUGUCAGAACACCUUUUAGACCUUAGUGUUAUAACCAUUUUCUCAUUGAAUUUAUACUUGGUUCUUCUAUCACUGUAUCUGUAAUGGAAAUGCGUCCAACAGACACACAGAAAAAUGUAUCGGAGAUUUGGUGAUUGGAAAAUGCCACUGUGAGGAAACAUUGACAAACACUGAGUGCUUAGGAGUUCUUUAUAUUCGAUCAUUUGUUUAAUUUGCAUGGUCACAAUAUAUCCUUUUGAUUAGUCUUGUCUAUCACAGUUCAGUCUGUUUCACAACUCAUGAUUUUUGUUUUGACUGUAUCGAAGUUUGAGGUUCUGUGACCUGCAAACUAAAAUUGAAAAUUGUUUCACUGAUAAUUGUGCCUAAAAACAGCCAUUCUUUGAUGAAAUAUUCCAACUUAAACAUACUCAAAUCAGUUGACGUCUUUUUUUUUUUUUUUUUUUUUUUUUUUUCCUACAUGGUUGUCUAUCCUACUUGAGUUUUACUGGUAUGAAUAUAUCCUGGUGGUAGAAAUGUUUUAGAUCUUGUUUGAAGCUUAGGUUUCUUAUUCAAUUUAAUGCAUACUUUUAAACACUUUGUUAUGUUUGGGUCAUCUUUUACUAUACUUUCAUUUUCUUGGAAAUUAUAUUUUCUUUAUCAUUUUAAAUAAAAUGUAAUUCUGCUUAUGUGAUACCUUUUGGGAUCAAAGGUGAAUUAUAUCCUUGUAAUCUUUCUCUUUAUGUACUAACCUGAAAAUUGUAACAAUAAAAAACUGAAGCAUUCA